AUAGAAUCAUCCUGAUGGGAGAUAAUGGAAAGACUUAUAAAAAACAGCAUUGAGUGUUCAAGUUUCAGAGGUGAUUGGGAAUGUAAAAGCCAGUUUGAGAGAAAACAGGAAUCUCAGGAAGGACAUUUCAGUCAAAUGAUAUUUACUCCUGAAGACAUACCCACUUUCAAUACCCAGCACCAGAGAAUUCAUACUGAUGAGAAACUCCUUGAAUGUAAGGAAUGUGGGAAGGAUUUUAGUUUUGUAUCAGUCCUUAUUCGACAUCAGCGAAUUCAUACUGGUGAGAAACCUUAUGAAUGUAAAGAAUGUGGCAAGGCCUUUGGUAGUGGUGCAAACCUUGCUUACCAUCAAAGAAUUCAUACUGGUGAAAAACCUUAUGAAUGUAAUGAAUGUGGGAAGGCCUUUGGUAGUGGCUCAAACCUUACUCACCAUCAGCGAAUUCACACUGGUGAGAAACCAUAUGAAUGUAAGGAAUGCGGGAAAGCCUUUAGUUUUGGAUCAGGCCUUAUUCGACAUCAGAUAAUUCACAGUGGUGAAAAGCCCUAUGAGUGUAAGGAAUGUGGGAAGUCCUUUAGUUUUGAAUCAGCCCUUACUCGGCAUCACAGAAUUCACACAGGUGAGAAGCCUUAUGAAUGUAAGGAUUGUGGGAAAGCCUUUGGCAGUGGUUCAAACCUUACUCAGCAUCGAAGAAUUCAUACUGGUGAGAAACCUUAUGAAUGUAAAGCAUGUGGAAUGGCCUUUAGUAGUGGUUCAGCUCUUACGCGGCAUCAAAGAAUUCAUACUGGUGAGAAACCAUAUAUAUGUAACAAAUGUGGGAAGGCUUUUAGUUUUGGAUCAGCCCUUACUCGACAUCAAAGAAUUCACACCGGUGAGAAACCUUACUUAUGUAAGGAAUGUGGGAAGGCUUUCAAUAGUGGCUCGGAUCUCACUCAACAUCAGAGAAUUCACACUGGUGAGAAACCCUAUGAGUGUAAGGAAUGUGAGAAAGCCUUUAGAAGUGGUUCAAAACUUAUUCAGCAUCAAAGAAUGCACACUGGUGAGAAACCCUAUGAAUGUAAAGAAUGUGGGAAGGCCUUUAGUACUGGUUCAGACCUCACUCAACAUCAGAGAAUUCAUACUGGUGAGAAACCCUAUGAAUGUAAGGAAUGUGGGAAGGCUUUUGGUAGUGGCUCAAAACUUAUUCAACACCAGCUAAUUCACACAGGUGAAAAACCCUAUGAAUGUAAAGAAUGUAGAAAGUCCUUUAGUAGUGGUUCAGCCCUUAAUCGGCACCAGAGGAUACACACUGGUCAGAAACCCUAUGAAUGUAAGGAAUGUGGGAAGACUUUUGGUACUGGCUCGAGCCGUACUCAGCAUCAGAGAAUACAUACUGGUGAGAAACUUUAUGAAUGUAAGGGCUGUGGGAAGGCUUUGGAGAGGGGUUCAGAAAUUCAGCAACAUAAGAAAAGUCAUGCUGGUAAGAAGCUCUGUGAAUGAGAAACUAUAAAUUGGAAUUACAUAGUUAAGGAACCAUACAAUAAAGAGAAUUCAUACUAGUGAGAGUCCCUACAAAUGUAAUUAAGGUACAUAUACUUAUACUUUACCAGUUAGUCAGUCUGAGAAAAUUCAUACAGAAAUAAACACUCUGAAUAAAAUAUUUGAAUAUUUUUAUCUAAUUCAUUCCUUCAUUACUUUCAGAAAAUUCAUACUUGUGAAUAUUAUACGUUGAAAAACCUUUUUAUUGUAUAUUGCGUUUAUUUUAAGCAUCGAAAUUUAUUUGGGGGCUAACCCUGCUACUUUCUUUUUAAUGUUCUUAAUUUUUUGUGAAGUAUACAGAAUUACUGAUGCAUUUUAAAAUUAUUUUAAAUUAUUGAGGGUCUAAUUUACCCUUUUUCUCCCUCCCCCAUUUCUCAUACUAACACCAUUUAUUUAAUAACCAUAUCUAUUUUUAUAUAUUUUUAUUGUAUGUUUGAUGGUAAGUUUAUUUUUAUACAUAUAAAGCUUCGAUAUCAGGUCAGUCUUUGUUUUUAAAAUUUGCAUAUCUGUCUAUGUAUCUGUGUGUCACCCUGUUUGUGUUAAGUUACUGUUACUUCUACAUAUCCUUCAGUAUCUUAUGGAUAUGUACCUUUUGGAAGAUUGUUUUAUUUUCCUUUUAGAAACUUAUACUAUUCUUUUUGCAGAACAAUUUUCCUCCAUAAAAAUGUAGAUAUGAGUAAAAAAAAUAGCUAUAGUUAUCUGUAAUCUUACCAGUCAUAGACAAUCACUGUCAAACUUUUGGAGCAAAUCCUGUAAGAUUACAUCUCGCAUUGCUUUUGAGAGAAAGUAUGAUUAUGCUAUAACCAGCCUUUAAUAUUCUUUGUCUGUGAAUAUAUUGUUACUAUUCCAUUGGCUUAAAAGUAUUUACCUGUUUUUAUCAAACCCCCAUUUUGUCAAAUACUGAAAAUUUUGCCAUUAUAAAGAGUUACCUUGUUGGCCCCUUUUGAAUGUGUCUGCUUUAUUUGUUGUUCAUUUUAGAGAUAAUAUGUGGCUCUCUUCUGCUUUUACUGAUUUAUACAUUAUAGGUAAAAUUGUACUUCCCUUUGACUAACAUCCCAACCUUAGUUACUUCCCCAACAUAACCAACUUACUUAUUCUUCCAGAUCCUUUUGUAUGCAUAUACGAUGUGUUUAUGGUAAUGUGGGCCUAAUUAGUGUACUUCAGAGGCUGGUUAUGGGGAUUCUACAGUUGUGCCCAUCACAUAAUAAAUACUUGGUUAGUUUAGCCAUCAUCAUUGUUAUCUUCUCAGUCUUUGUUAUUUAUGGAAAAACUUUUAACUGUGAUCUAUACCUUACUCA